AUGGAGACUCCGCCGCGGGUUCACGCCACGUUUGCGAUCACGCUGUUCGACGCAAGCGUGCUCACCAUGAUUGACGGCACCCGCCUACGACAGUCAUGGUAUAACGCUCUCAACGAAGCCGAAACCAAUUUCCGCCGUCUUGUCACCUCGAGCUCCUCUCCGGAAUGGAAACGCGUGCUUCUACCCGCAGAGGACUUGAACGCGAAGGGAAAGCUGCGUGCAACGGAGCCGCAGCUCUCGGACGUCGUCAUCCACCGCAGGGUCGGCAAGAAAGCGGAUAAUGUCCACCGGAUCAUCCUGGACGUGAACUUGGGCAGUGACCCGGUUUCGCUGGAGUCGUGGAGGUCGGUCAUCGUCACUCCGGAGUUGCGGAAGGAAUGGGAUCCUGCAGUUGAAGCCGCCCAGCUGGUGGAGAUGUUUGAUCCUGCGACGCGCAUAGCAAAGACCAACUUCACGUUGGGUUGGCCUGCAAAUCCCCGGGACGCUGUUACUAUAUCACGGACAUUCAACGACGCUACAACGCUAAUCGACAUAUCAACUUCCCUACCCCGUUCUCCUGACGAACCCGCCUACCUCCGACCUGCUCCCCCGUAUGUUCGGUCGGAUGUCAAACUACUCGCAUGGUGUAUUCAACUUGUACAACCCCCUCCAUCCGAUUCAUCCCCUCAACCUUCCGAACAACCCGUUCGACGCAAAUCCCUCGGAAACAAACUCCGUAUCACUUGCUAUUGGCAACACGACGUGAAAGUCAUGUGGAACUUCAACAGUUCGUCUACCGUAGCGCAGCAGCUCGGCUCGAUGGUCCUUGGCCUGUACCGCACUGUCCAGAAACGGGCGUUCCGCGUACCCACACUUACUGGCUACGGAAAUGGCGUGACGAUCGAGCGGAUGCGCUUUGAGAUCGACCGGGAGGCGCUGACCAUCGACUACGCGAUUCACCCGGAAGAAGAUCAUGACUCGCAUGCGGUGGAGGCGAAAACGAUGAAGGGCAUGGACGAGCUUCACGCCGUUCGAGAAGCACGGCGGCUUACUCGGGCUCUCGAAUGUUCCUUGCUAAAGCCCGAUGGCUGGGAUGUGCAGGUCACCACCAAGGCAUCCCGUCAAGAUAUAGCGAAGCUGCCAUGGACGGCGACUGCCGUUCGUACAAAACCAUCUUCAAGCUCUCCACCUGCUAGCCCUACCGGCAAAACGUCCGACAAGGUCGUCCUCUCAUUCCGUCACGCCUCCUUGCCCGACGACCAGGCCAUACUCAAAGUCCGCGUCUCGAUCGAGUACUCGAGCGCACAAAGCGGCCUGCGCCUGAAUGGGUUGCCGCAAACCAUCGAAGACCACGAGGAGCGCGAUCCGUCGUACUUUAUGUCCAAACAGAUGCUCCAAGACACCGUGAGCACCGCUGACCUCAGCUUCCGGACCGGCCAGACAUCCGCGUCGAGCGUCCACACGACGGGCAGUGGAGUCAGCGGGAGCUCGAAGACGACGGAGACGCCUGGCGGGUUGAUGAGGGUCGCAUCUGAGAGGACGGCGGCGGGAGAGAAGGGCAUUCUGUCGCGGGUGAAGCGGAAUUACAUCUACUUCUCGUCGCUUCUGCAGGAACCGGAGCAGAAGUGGAAACGAACGACGGAAGGACGUGGAGUCGAAGUGACUCAACUUGACUCCAUAGAUCCCACCCUGGUAGUCUACCGGGCUGAGGCGACCUUCGUGGGUGUCGGCCUUUGGGACCUUUUCGCUACCAUCGUGUCGCCUGGGGCGAGGACGUACUGGGACAAGCUUCACGAGGACGCGACGUUGUUGGAAGACGUGAACGAACUCACCGAACUGUGGCAGUACAAGACGAGGCCGGCAUGGCCUGUCGUGGGUCGAGAUUCUGUUGUCUUGAGGACGGUGUACAAAUCCCCGACAGCCGUCCACGUCUUCGCGUUCUCUGCAGACGAUCUCCCGUAUUUCUCGAAUAUCCCGCCUCCGCAGCCGAACACCAUCAGGACCCAGGUGGACUUGCAGGGCUGGUCCAUCGAGGCGCUGUCCCCGACGACCACGUCUAUCACGUUGCUCGAACAGUCGGAUCCCAAAGGUUGGUCGAACAAGGCGAGCAUACCACAGCAGAUGAUCAACACUCUCGCCGGUAUCGGCGAUUUCGCCAUCAAGUGCGGCGGCCCACCGGUAGCGACGAGGUUGGCAGGCGCCAAAGCUACCCAGGUCCGGUACGACCACGAUCGGGGCCAUUAUCGCCUAGAAUACCAAGGGUCUGCCAGUCGACGCUCUACGGACGCGUCCACAACUAAACCUGGCGAGACCGCGGACGGCACUUCGAGCACGGGCUCGGCCUCUCAGAUGCCAGUGAUUGAGUGCGAGCUCCGCUGCGACAUCGACAACUGGGCGCCCUCACUAGACAUCGUCGUCGAUCCGCCGCCGCAGUCGAUCACCUGCUUGCGGCGCCACCGCCUGUCCGAGGGCGGCGGUGGCCUGUGGCUGACGAUCACGCAUGACGCCGUGUUUUCCGGCGACGAGCGCAUUCUUGCGAUCGUCCGCCGCGGGCCGGGCAAGGAAAAGGGCCUGGUGAUGGUGAAUGGCGCGAAAGUCAACGUCGACGUGGAGGAGCUCCCGGAAAGCGAGGUGAAAAAUCUGGCGAAGAAGAAGCGCGUCAAGCCGCAGCGAAUACCGUUGGACCAGCCCCCCGUCCUCGGUGCCAUCCGGCGACGCAAGGCGGAAUGGGAUGCGGACAGUGAUCACAGCCUGCCCGAUGGCACGGAGUCGACAUCAGGACGCAAGCGACGAGACUCUGCCCAGCUCAACCAGGGCUUUUCUGCGCCGAAGUUCACGAGUCCUUUGACCAAGUUCUUCACCAUGGCUGUCGAAUCCGCGACCGCGACCACCCAACAAGCCGUGGCCGCCAUCUCUCCCCCGCCUACAGCGGAGGGCGGUAGCUUCCCGAAUUCGCAACCGCCGAUGCAAAGCGCGCUCGAAGCGUUGGCGCAUCUGCAGAAGCUCUAUCCCCAGGCUUCGUCCGACGAUUGGGCGCUGGUGAGCGAGAAGGGUUUUCCCGCCAAGCGCAAGCUGUGCCCCGACGUUUCGCCAUCCAUUCUGGUGCACAGGGGGGAGAAGGUGAUAGAGGGCGUCGCAGCGGACGAGCUCGCCUCUGCGCUGACUCAGUAUGGCUGUCGCAAGCAAUGGGAUGACCGAUUCGACUCGGCACACGUCUUCGAGACUUUCGGUGCGGGCUGCCAUACGGCGUUCGUGGUCACCAAGGGCGGCUUUCCGUUCAGGGAUCGAGGGUUUUACCUGGCCUCGGUCGUCGCGCGCAUGAACGGGCCUCCCUCAGCCUCACGGCGCAACAGCGGCACACAGGAUAACCGGCAGAGCGAAGAGCGGGUGACCAUCUUUUACGUCUCAGCGUCGUUCAAUCCGGAAUCCGUCGCCUCUUAUUCUCCUAACAAGUACAACUCUUAUAAUCUGCCUAUUGGACGGGUGAUUAUGGAUGGUUGGGCGCUGGAAACGCUGGACCCAUACGGGACAGAGAACUACGCCAUUCCUUCCACGAGAUGUACGAGAAUCGUCGCGGUCGACUACGCUGGCUCGAUUCCCGCGGCUGUCAACUCGAUGAUCAAUGCCGCGCUGCCGCGGUCUAUCGGAUUGCUCGAAACGUAUAUGAAGACCUUCAACGCCCCGCCCAUCAUCCGGCUGCCGCACCAACACCUGCGCGUCUCGUCGAGACAACCUGAUGGAGAUUGUUGGGUGAUCAGCACCCGCGAUGGCAGUCGCAAGCUUGUUUCUACGACAUAUCAGCCUGACAGUCGGACAUAUUGGACCUUCGUCCAGGCUACUUUUCCUGCGGCAGGGCCCGGGGAAGACGUUACGCCUAGGCAGAGUCGCCUCGGCCUUGCUACUGCUUCCUCGCCCAAACCUACGUCGACAGCUGAGUCUCCGAGACGGAAAGACAGCGUUUCGUCGGACCGUCCUCGUCCAGCGUCGCGCCAGGACCAUUCACUGUCUCCGCGCGAGGCGAUGUCUCGAUCGCCCCCUCGUCACAGUCGCAUGCGCACCCAGUCCUCGGCGUACACCCUCAAGCCCAGCGAUCUCGUCCCUCGCGUCCCGACGGACCUCGUGCUCGCCGAACUUGCCGUAGAUGCCAAACUCUAUCCGGAAGGUUUCGCCAUGCGGCUGCGGUCCGACGUACGCGACAAUGCGGACGAGCUCGACUUGCCCUCGACCCCGGAGGACGCAUUCAGUUUGCCGGAGAAGGUGCUGCCAGUCGCAUGCGGCGUUUAUACGUUGCCCCCCUCCGGCCUCCAUUCGGCGGACACACCGCCGCGGAGGUUAGUGCGCCUUACGUUGCCGACGGCUCAGUAUGCUGUAUCGACCUUGGAGGAUCCGUUGACCGGCGAGACGAGGACGGCGCCUCCCAAGCCGAAAUGGCUGCUGGACCUCGAGGAGGGUAAGCGCGCCGUGCUACACGUAGAGAUACGACCGGCGACGGCGAGCAACCCUACCGGAUCAAUCUCCAAGCGCUCAGGAUCAAAAGAACCGGCGAGGGUUCUCGUAGACGACGCGCCCAUCAGCAUCUUGGACGAGAAGGAGUCGCUGAAAGCUCUUGGUCGAGACGAGCUGCUGGACGACGGGACAGGGAAGGCGGCGGUUCUAUCGCGGACGUCUGCAGCGGAAGAAUCGAUGCCUGUGGAACUCCGCACGCCGCUCGCGGUCGCGCGAGGGCUCAUGGACCCAGUCGCGUUGGCUUCCGUUCGCAGGGACGGGACGGAGUCGACGCCGGCCGCCUCCCAGGACGAGAGCGAGAGUCCGAAGACGGAGAGCGUCAACGAGGUGCGCGCGGGUGCGAGCGCGGUGCCCCAUCCGGCGGAUGGCGGUGCGGUCGCAGGUGCUGCCGGUGGCCUGCUCGGCUUCCUGAAUUCAUACUCGACGCCGUUGAUGCGGCUAUCGGCGCUCACGCCGCGGGGCGGGCUCGCGCGCCUGCCCAGCCUGUCCGGCGAGGCCGCGGAGACGCCGGGCGAGGGGGCCGAGGAGGCGCCGCCGGGGGCGCUCGCGGUGGCUGGUGGCAGCGCGCCGGCCGGGGUCCGCGCCAGAGCGCCCACGUAUACAUAUCCGCUCUCCUCGGUACUGGCGGUGGCCCUCAUCGCCUUCCUGCUCGGAUCGCUGUUGAGGUCGCUGCUGUCCCCGGCCGAGUUUGUGUACGUCGUCAAGGACGCGGGAGACGUGCAGGUGCAGGACGGCCAGGGCUGGCGCGAGAUCAGGCGGCUGUUCGAGGUGAAGUAUAUUCUGGGCGGCUGGGACUUUCAGGUUGCCGUGGUGCGGCGGCACUGAUAUGUUCUGAUCGUAAUAAUAGGUCGUCGCCGGUGUUGCUCCCAUCGUGUUUUGUGUUUUCUGUCGCGUUGUCUUGUUUAGCUGCACUGUAUCAUACGCAAUGGUGUCUUGUGGUAGUUUGACAGGA